AUGCGGAAAUCUGCCGGUGCGAAGAGGUGGGAGGGGGCGGUGUGUGUCGGCGUCUGUGUGUGUGUGUGUAACUUCACGCUGCACCUGCCUCCAAUCGAGCGCGAAGCCGACACGACCUCACAAUCUGGGGCUGAAAGUUUCUACACGGAUGAGGAGAACCAAUACCGCGAAGGCGUAGACCCGGCUGAAGACUGUGAUGAUGAAGAUCUUCCACCCUCUUCAGCAUCUCCAGAUACUGAACCUCGGGCCGUCACAUUUCACAGACCAAAAGAAGUGGAGGCCAAAGCAGAGCUGGAGGCCGAAGCAGAGCUGGAGGCCGAAGCAGAGCUGGAGGCCGAAGCAGAGCUGGAGGCCGAAGCAGUGCUGGAGGCCGAAGCAGUGCUGGAGGCCGAAGCAGAGCUGGAGGCCGAAGCAGAGCUGGAGGCCGAAGCAGAGCUGGAGGCCGAAGCAGUGCUGGAGGCCGAAGCAGUGCUGGAGGCCGAAGCAGAUCUCCACCACAGCCUGGACCUGUACUUCCUCAAGCCAGCUGGAACAGUGAACUGGAUUCCGAUGAUUGCCACCCGAAAAAGUUCAAGCCCAAAAGGACACCAGGGCACCAGCUUCAUGCAGACUACUGGAAACAACAUUCUAUUUUCAGUACACCUUUUCCGCCAAAAGUAA